AUGAGAAUGGUGGAGGGAAUGUAUGCUGGCGUGGGCAGCUUUAAGCUGAGUAAGAUGGACACAGAGGAGAUGACAGUGGUCAUUUAUUUCAGUGAAGAUGCUGUUGGAGCUCAGGAUACCAGCAUAGAAACACAGGACAUCAACACACAGACGGAGACAAGGACACAGCAGAGUACAGAUGUUAGAACAGGAAUCAGAUGUUCCAGACUGGCUGUGGUGUGUGUGGGGCUGCUCUGUGUUCUCCUGCUGACCACCAACAUAGUGCUGUACAUGUACUAUAUUAAUAUGAAUAAAGGACCAAACCAGACUGAGACCCUCUUAUCCAGUAUCAGAAACCUGACUGAAGAAAGAGACCAGCUAAAGAGCAGCUACCAGAAUCUGACUGAGAAAAACAUCAUCUUACAAACCAAAUAUGAUCUGUUAGUGAAGCUGAUUGAAUGGAAAAAGAACAGAAGCAGCUUUUACUUCUUCUCCACUGAGAAGAAGAGCUGGAGUGAGAGCAGGCAGGACUGCAGAGAGAGAGGAGCAGAUCUGGUGAUCAUAAACAGCAGAGAGGAGCAGAUGUUCCUCAUUGACCAAAAGAGCAGUUUCUGGAUUGGUCUGACUGAUAAAGAUACAGAAAACACAUGGAAGUGGGUGGACGGCCAACCGCUGACUGAUAAAUUCUGGAGGAGCGGUGAACCCAACAAUUUUGGUGACCAUGAGGACUGUGCUAUUUUCACCACUGCAGUCAAACACAAUCAGCAAACAUGGAAUGAUUUUUCCUGCUCAGGGACAGAAAACUGGAUGUGUGGAUUCAAUCUGACAAACUUCCACCUGAAUACUUCAACUAAACACCUUUAG